AUGCCCGGAGCUCACGAGCUCCUUGAUGUAUCGUCUGGAUGCCGUGGCUAUCGGCAAGAUGAGACAGUUGCAGUCACUGUCUCUGCAGACAAUGUGAGACAAAUGGUGGACACCAACAGGCCUCGCUUUCUACAAUCCGCGAUGCGCUGUGCGGGCCCGGCUCCUCAAGCUCAUGGGCACUGUGAUGACGUGACGGUCAGGGCUGCUCUGCACUGCAAGGCGCCAGACUUCAGCAGAGGCUUUGCAGAUUUGUUGCCUUACGCCCAACGCAUCCUGCACCCGCUGAUCCACAACUGCGGGCACCAGCAAGAUGUGCUGGUCCUGGGUCUUGGAGGUGGUGCAAUCCCAACUUAUUUGAAAGAAUCCUGCCCCGGUACGCAUGUAUUGGCAGUGGACAACAACACGGACGUUGUCCGAGCAGCGCGGGACUUCUUCGCAUACAGAGGUGAGGCUCUGGUGCAAGACUUGCACCACGCUCUUGCUGACCUUUCACACAAGCGGCCGCAAUCUUUUGAUGCAGUUGUUACGGAUGUUGGACACAAUAUUAAGCUUACCAGAGGACGGGACUUACAGAAUGUGUUGAAGUUGCUGAAGCCCAGCGGCUUGGUUGUGGAGAACCUCAGUAACCCAGCCUAUGCAGCUGAUCAGCUCAUGUUGUACAAAGAGUUCCUGGGUGGAGCAGUCUCGGAGGAAGUCAGUGCUGGCAAUCACAUCCUCUUCGGGCGGAGCAAUGCGGCACCACCGACCAUCAUUGCGUGGAGUGGUCUUACUCGGCUUUUCCGCUUGGACGAUGCCGGAGAUGAAAUGAUGGAGGUCGAAGCCGGCGAGGGCCGGGACGGCCUCUUCGUAGCCGUACUAAGGAGCUCUGCCGAUGUCGGGCAUCAGCUGGAACUCCUGGUGUACACUGCCAUCAGAAAGCGCAAGCGCCUGCGAGUGGCUGCUGCAGUGCUGGAGCUGCAGACACCCUCGCAGGAUUCCGUGUCGUUCUACGACGACACGGGAAUAUACUGGGCCUUACAACUUGAGAAAACCGAAGAGUCAGUGCCACUUGCGCGGCUGCUGCUUGCAGCGAAGGCGGCCAGUUCCGGAGAAGUUGCCAUGGUCGAGCUGAAGUGUGCGGACACAGAGGCUGCACCUUGCUCCCUACGUUUGGCAGCAGUGUCGCACAGGAGCCUUCUGCAGUCCGAAACACAGGCCACAGUUCCGAGCACUUCUUCCUUCCCCCGCGAGCAGCUGGAGUCUGCUGAUGCCUGGUGGGGCUCAGGUGCUUCCCGCGCGUUGGAGGGGCAGCUCGCAGGUUCUGUCGCCCUCCUGGCGGUGCCACCAGGUUCCCAGGGCUCUCUUCGCUCCAGUGAUGACUCAGUGCUGUUGCUGGAGGUCGUUGCGGAAGGCCUGGCGGAGGCAGACCGUCCAGUCGAGAUCAACCAGGCACGAGGCAAAGCUCACUUUGUGGCCUCGCUGUCUCCGGCGGCGCCGGCGAAAGCACGCGGUGUGACAUUUGCCAGGCCCAAUGCCUGCCGCUUGCUGGCGCUGUUGAGCCUGGCUUGCGUCACGCCCGUUGAUAAGUUCCGACCGAGUUGCAUCCAGUGUCGCACCUGGGCUAGCUGCAUGGCUGAGCGUGCUCAGAGGGGCCGUGGUGUGGAAGCGGCGGUGCUAGCCUUGGAAGCCACUUUGUCUCGAGAUGACAUCAUCAUGAGCUUGGACGCCUACAAGCAUUUCGAUGAAAUGUCACCGGAGCUUUCUGUCGGGCUGUUGGAGCACGAAUUCACGAAUGCCUCCACCCGCAGUGGGCUCAGCAUGAACGCCAAAGGCGGGGAUGCCAACACAGAUGGUUGCAGCUUAGUGGUGCUGUUAAUUGUUCUCCCGUGGAUGCGACUCGGUGCCUCAAAGUUGCGCACGCUAUGGUUCCGAUGGCAGUGGUUUGCACGCACUGGAAACCGUCAAGGUUGUGCAGGGUUCCGCUGCAGGGGCUGCAUUGCAGCAGCUCGAUUUCGUAAGCGAGCUGGUGGCGUCAGAUCCUGCUGUUGCGCUUGGUGCUUGGGCUUGCUGGGGCUGGCGUACUCGGCUGGUCUCAAGGGAAACCUCAAGAAACUUGCUGCCGUGUGCAGGAUCCCGUGGAAGGCGUUGGUGCAAGGUGGCGUGCCGGCGUUGAGCUUCACUGACUCCGCGAAGGUGCUUGGAGAGGAUUUCGACGUCGGGGAGGUAGGCUUCACCUCAGCAAUGGCUCAUCCGGUUGGGGCUGCCAUUGACAUCAAUGGUGCUCAACCGGGCGAGCAAGAGUAUGGCUUCACCAUCUCGGGCAUCUCGGGUGCAGACUGGGAUGGCCGUGGCCGUGUGCUUGCCAACGCGGUGUGUACAGGAGAGCCCGAGGACACGAAACGACUUUCGGUCAAAGAGCGGAUGGCCAAGCUUGCGGCAGCUUCGCUGCCCCCCGGUGCCAUCGGCAUGAUGCCUUUGGCAGAGGGUGACGUUGACGAAAAGGUUAGCUCAAGCGGGAGACCGAAGGAAGCAAAGGAUCCCGUGCUUCCAGGUCCAGGUGUGUGCCCAAGCCCUCCCAGGCCUUCGCAUCCUGGGCCACUGCCUGUGAACCAAAGUGGUUUGCAAAGUGGACAUCCGUCCGCUGAGAUCAUCCGACAGUACUGGAGUGCGGUACAAGAAAGUGGCACUGCGCCCUUUGCAUACCUCGGAGCUCUCCCUUUUGUGCCUGGCCUCACACGAAUGCCAAUAGCACCGUCGGCUGUGCACUCCACUCAUGGUGCAGCUGCGAUCGCCGAAAUGGCGAAGGGCUUCAAUGCAGGACCUGUGCCGCCGAUGCCGACAGGUCCGACAGGUCCCGCUCUGGAGGCUCGGGUGCCUUUGAGCAGCGUGUCCAUGGGUGAGUUCAUGGCGUCCAUGCGCGAUCUGGUUAGAGCAGAAGCCACGCCAGAAGGCAGAGCGGCAGAAGCUCGAGAGACGAGCACGGGUCGCAGAUGCUUCGUUGAGAUAGAGCUUUGGUUGGAUUCCAUCACAUUUCCCACCGGAACUGAGAACAUGCCAACUUUCUUGUGUAAGUACCUAUGUCGUAGAGUGCAGCAACAGCAGUUGCUCGCCGACGGCGGCUUUGCAUAUGUCUAUGCUGGCCUUGAUGCGGAGACUGGCGAGAAGCUGGCCAUCAGGAAGGUGCUGCUCCAAGACAGAGAAACCUUGGAGAAAGCAAAGGUUGAGAUCGAGCUGCUCAACAGCCUUUGCGAUCAUCCGCAUGUAGUGCGAUUCCUCGGUGCUGAGGUAACACAAAGGGGCACUGCUAGCGAAGCGGUUUACUUGUUUGAGUUAUGUACUGGUGGCACGCUGUUUGAAAAAAUCGAUAGCAAGGUUGUGGCUGCGACCAAAUCCAAUGCCGAUCCGAUGCAAAACCAACCCGGUCACUGUCCCUGUCUUCCACAGGAUACAAUUUUGGAAGUACUUGGAGCCCUCGCCCAAGCCCUUGCUUAUCUCAGCCGGUUGGGUCUCAUUCAUUACGAUGUGAAAAGCGAGAACGUCCUCCUUGGCUCAGACAGUCUUUGGAAGUUGGGCGACUUUGGCUCUGCAAGCGAAAGAUCCUUCGACCUCGAGGGUGCGGACAAAAAGCUGCUGCUUGAUGCACAAGAAUUUAUUCAUGGCCGCUGCACACCCAUGUACAGAGCACCUGAACUGGCAGAUGUCUAUUUGAGAUGGAAAAUUGGGGCCAAGGUUGACAUGUUUGCGUUGGGAUGCAUUCUCUUCGCAGCUAUGACAGCACAGCAUCCAUUUUCCAUGGAAUCCACCUGCGCCAACAUCACAGCCAGCUAUCGAAUUCCCACAGAGGCUGCUGCGUCUUAUGCUCCAGCACUGCUCGGCUGGCUACGACGGUUGCUAGCUCGUGAGCCCUCAAAACGCCCUUCAGCUGUCCGUCUUGCAGCAGAGGUCGAGCGCUUCCGAAUCUUGGGAGAGGAUCCGAACGAAGAGAUGCUUCAACAAGAACGCAAGGAUCACAAGGAGCAGAACAGGGAGAGCAUCCCUGCAGAGGCAGCCUUCGCAGACUUUGCCACCUUCGCGCCAAUAGUGUCACUGCUGGAGGAGCAGCUUCGCUCAUCGAAGGUCCAUCAGGACCAGCUUCGGGAUGCCAUGCGCGCUCAGCACUCGCAGCUGGCUGACGCUCAGCAGCAGUUGCGGGAGCAGCUGCGGAUGGACGGAGAGCGGCAAAUGAGGGAGUGGGAGCUUGAUGCUGCAAAGCGAGCUGCGGAAGCUGAACUUCGCAAUGCAUCAGCGGAGGCUCAUCAACUUCGUCUCGAGCAGCGGUCAAUGCAGGAGCAGCUUGCAAUGGCGCUCGAGAGCCAGCAGCGUGCAGAGUGCACCGCAGCCGCAGCCGCUGGGAGUGCAGCCUCGUUGUCAGCAGCAGAGGCACGGCUGGCCGACCAAAACAGCAUGGUGACCACACUGAGGCAGCAGCUUGCAAUCUUGGCGGCUGCACGUGCUUCGGAGGCCAUUGCUGUGAGCAGGGGCGUGCUGGCUGUGGCAUACGUUGGUGUGUCCAGCAGCUUGCCGACCAAUCCGGGUGCGCUGGUCGCAGUCGAGGGCUUAUCGCAGCGCUUGCGCGCGGCAUGCCGGCAGUGUGGCCGCGUUCUCGAGCAGCAGCUGCAAUCUGCCCAUGAAAUUGCAUGGACGGAGUCCGGACCGUCCCCAUUGGACAUCGACUGGGAGGCUGUGGAGGCCAAGACUCUCCAGGAGCUGGGCUCCACUGCUUUGCCCGAUCUCGGGUCUGCGCCGAUGAAGGCAGCACCUGCUGCAGAGAAGCUGCUUCAAGACGAG